CGCAGCUGCUUCGCUUCUUCUUCUUUCUAUAUACAUAUAUAGACCUAAUAAGAACAAAGACGUACGAUAACCUGCUUAUUUUGCGACCCAUCCCGUUCCCACGCAAAGGCGCCGAGCGUGAUCUCCGUCCGUGCCGCCAUGGCCUCGCACCGGGCGCUGCUGCUGCUGCUCCUCGCCGCCGCGCUCGUCGCUGCGCUGGCCUCUGUCGCAUCCGCCGACGACGCCAACGCCAUGCCCACCAUCCUGACCCCCGUGGCGCAUACCCCGCUGGGGUCCUUCGACGGCGACAAGCCGGCCUCUGACGAGGACGCCGUCGACGACGACGAGGACGCCGCCCCUGUCGGCGCGCCCAACGGGGCCACCAUGACUGAGCCCAGGGACGACGUCCCCGCCCCGCCCGGCGCCGAAGCAACCGCGGGCGGCGCCGCCGCCAGCAACGCGCCCGUCGCACUCGCCAGCGCCGCGGCGCGCGUCUGCGCCGCCGCCGCUGUCGCCGCGGGAGCCUUCGCCUCCUUCUGAGGAGCGGAGACUGGUUUCGUUUCGUGCAGGGGUUGCAAAAUCUCUGCGAUAUUUUAUUUAUUUAUUUAACAUGGUCGCUUUCCUCGGUUUGAUAUUUGUAUGUAAACACACAGCUAAAGCUAAUCGUCCAUUCGUAUGUGUAACUACUUUCCAGUGAACAUAUCCAGGUUGUUUAUG